AUGAGUUACAUGGAGGAGGAUGGCGAAGACGAUUUGCGUCAUAUGUUCACUGACAACGAAAGUGAAGACGAAUACCACGACUCCGACGACUGGCAAAUCGACGACGCGCUCAAGCCCAAACGCAGAAAGCGCGGUGAAGCCCAAGAUGAGCCACUAGAGCCCGAAGUUCAGGAGCUUUUUGGAAAAGCACAGCAUGCAUUUUCGCUUGGAAACCACCAGGCUGCAAUCCAAAUGGUCGAGGAAGUCAUUGCUGCAAACCCGAAUGCCCGAAUCGCCUAUAAUUUGCUAUCGGCGAUUUACGACGAUCUUCAUGACCCCCAAAAGGCCUUGCUUGCUAAAACUAUGGCUGCCCAUCUUAACAAAAAGAGCAAAGAAGAUUGGGUUGAGGUUGCCGACAGAUCGUACGAAUUGGGGCUUCUAAAUCAGGCCGCCGUAUUUUACCAAAAUGCAUCGAGAAUUGCACGCGACGAUUGGACCCUUUUGUUGAUACGAGCUCAAGUUAACAUGGAAAUGAACCAACCGGGUCGCUCACUCAACCUACUUUUCCGAAUUCGUGACAAGUUCUUUCCAUCCUUGUCUGAGGAUGCCAAAACCAAAGUCAUGCUAGAUAUCGGUAGAGCUCUCAAGCAGCUUGGCAAAAUUGGAGAAGCCACCGAACAAUAUAUGAGUCUUUAUAGAAGCUCAUUGAACCCCGAGAGUCACGGAGAGCCGGAUGUUUUGCUAAACUGGCAAAACCUGAAUGUGCUGGGCGAGCUGUUAUUCGAGCAAGAACUGUACAAAAAAGCCGUUGAUACUUUGAAAACAGGAUCAAGAUGGAUUUUAGGUCGCUGUGAUGAAACAUUCUGGGAGAAAGCUGAUGACGACUCGGAAUUCGACGAACGAAGGUUCAACCUAGAGGUGGACGGGUCGUCUGAAAAGCUAACACUGGGACCGCCCGCGAAAUACGAAUUACCAAUUGAUAUCCGUGUUUGGCUAUUGGUUUGCAGAGUCAAACAAACAAAAGAAGAACCAACGGCUCUGGAAGACGCCUUGAUACACCUCAGGUUUUUGAAAGCCUGUACACCGGUCGCCGAUUUCAGUGAUUUGUAUUCUCGGGCGGGUAAUGCUCUGUUUCAGGCGAAGCUUUUCAGAGAGGCACUGGAUAUUUAUAUGAGUUUGACUGAUAUCGAAUACGAAACGCAAGAAGAGUAUUUGAACAUGACUAUCAACGUGGCCAAGUGUUACAUGGAGCUCGGCGACGUCAAGAAAGCAGAAAACCUUUACAAGCAUGUGAUAUCUAAGGAUGACCGCAAUGUCGAGGCACUUGUAGCACUUGGAGAAAUUUAUCAGGCAUCAUCAAGACCGGCGGCUGCUAAGCUUAUGGUGGAACAAGUUAUGAGAAUUCGUCAUGAGGAAGCUCAAGCCCGAGUUGAGGAACAGAGCGGUGACAUUGAUUCUCGCUCCUCAACUCCACUUAUUAGUACACCAGUGCGGCCAGCACAACCUGGUACUAGAUUAUCGGCGGCUGAAAGAGCAGAACUCGAGCGAACUGCCCAGCAACGGGCUGACACCAACUAUGAGCUUCUCGAGAGAUUCAGAACAGGUUUGGAAAACGGCAACAUUGUGGCUGCACUAGAAUGGAUUAGAAGUGCAUCAGUUCUCAUUCAGAUGUUUGUUUCCAACCGCAAGUUUUUCCCCUCCGACCGCAACAAAAUAUUCGUUCACGGCAUUCGAAAGGAAUCUAUCGAGGAUCGUGUUGCAGCACUCAGUGACGUUGCCCGUGAAGACGCCGUUGCAGGAGAUGACGACGAUGAUGAAGGCAGGUUGCCAAGCCAAACACCGGCAGCAAUCAUCAGAGGAUUCAAGUUUCGAGGACGCCCGUUUGAAUUCUGGUUCACGCUGUUUAUGCGAUGCGCGUUGGCAAUGGCCAAGUACAAAUCUGCAGAAAGUGCAUAUGAACUCGUCAAGACGGCAGGUGCAUCUAAUAUUUUUCAUGUCGACAUUCAGCGAGAUCAAACUAUGAAUCUGGUAUUAUUGUCGUGUGCUUGGCAAGUUGGUGAUACUAGCACCAUCUCAGACACACUUCGCCACAUGUACAUGGAUCGACAAUUUCACAACGAUAUCAUCAGGCUUUAUGGAGCACUAUUGUCAUCAGGGAAGCGUGCAAUGAAAAGUUUUGGCUCAUCAAACAACCAAAAGUUUUUCCUCCGUCAGAUCAAGGCUCUUGACUCUGUAGCUCAGAAUCGGCGCAUCUCAGGAGCUGCACGUGUUGACAGUGAUAGUCGUGCAGAUAUUCAAAAAGAAAACCCUCUUCUGUUUGUUUUGUAUUCUCAUAUCAUGCUGAUGGGCCCCUCGUAUGUCCCGGCCCUGACAUACCUGAUGCGCGCGUUGGAGCACUUGCCACAAGAUCCUGUUGUCCUUUUGACGCUUGGUAUUGUCUAUGUUCAAAGAGCUAUUCAAAGAGUCACAACCAAUCGCCAUUUACAAAUUCUACAAGGACUGAGCUACAUGCAGGACUAUCGUGCUACCCGACAAAAAAAUGAUGCCCAAAAGCAGGAAGCCGAUUAUAACAUGGGUAGGUUUUUCCAUGGAUUGGGCUUGUUUACACUCGCAAUUCCAUUCUAUGAACAUGUUCUUGGCUACGAUAUUGACGAGGAGUACGAUUUGUCCAGGGAAGCAGCUUAUAACUUACACCUCAUUUCUGCUAUUUCUGGUAAUAUGCACUACAGCCAUGAGCUUGUUGAUGAAUAUCUUAUAAUUUAG